AUGACACUAGAUCCUUACCACCAAGCCACAUCCCAGGUCUCUAAUCUUCCUUUCGGUUCACGAAAUGCGGCUCAGCCCGCGCCUCUGUUCUUCAGCGCCACAGAUGAUUUCCGUGACGAGGAUGAUGAAGCAGAGCGGGAGCGCGAGAUUGCGGACUUCUACGCCUUGCAAAGGUCAAGGCGGCAUUUUGGGAGCAGCCAACUCAAAGAUUCUUCGGAAAUUGGAGGGGAUGGCGACAGUUCGAUCAGCCUUGAGCAGCAGCCUCUCCAGGAUGACAAAUAUUCUGUGGACAGGGAAAGCGGUCGUGCAUUUGAGUCAAUUGCGAUGACAGCCGAUGACCAUGGAGGUCCUGACGAAGUCCGACAAAGUCGUAGUCUCAGAGGGAAUUUGGUCGAUAUUCGUCUUGAAGAUACAUUGAGAUCAGACGAGAAUGUUGACAAGGCUGGGUCACUUGAGGGUCUUGAUGAUAGUCCUCCAUCCGUCCAGCUGUUCCGGGAACAAAGAAGCUCAGAGCCAAGGAUUCUUGGUAUUGAGACGUUCCUCGGACCGAGCGAGCUCUUUUUGAUAUCUCUGGGCUGCCUACUUGCUACCUCAUUUCUCAUUUAUUUGCACACAUCUGCGCCUUCAGGUGACAAAUCGAGAUGGGGCGACACGAUAUAUCUCACUGUUCAUGGAUCAUUCUAUCUCCUUGGCAUCUAUACGGUGGUCUCGAUAUUUAUAUCACUUCUUUGGCUGGCGUCACUGCGGUAUUACGUGCGCCCUUUGGUCUAUGCAAUGAUCUUUGCAGUUCCUGUUAUACUAUACUCUUUCUCGCUUUACCCCUUCAUCUCGAGUUUCAAAGGAAUCUGGCAUGGGACUAGUAUUCAGGACAAAGCCAUGAGGGUCGUCUCUCUCGUGCCGUUCAUUAUCUCAAGCUUUUGGAUAUAUAAUGUUGUCCGGAGCCGCCACGCAAUCGGCAAAGCCAUCGACAUCCUUGAGUUCGCCUGCCGAAUUCUCGCUGCAAACCUGGAAUUAUUACUCCUUGGCCUCGGCAUCCUGAUUUGUAUUGUCUCCUGGACGUGGGUCUGGAUGCUGAUGUUCGCUCGAGUUUUUCUAGGUGGGCACAUGUCAGAAUCGCACGCUUUUGCCCUCAACAUCAGCAGCUGGUGGCUGGGAACCUAUUUUUUCUUCGUUUACAUCUGGUCAUUGGGAGUCAUCGCCGGUAUCCAACGUUCAGUUACAGCUGCAACAGUGAGUCAGUGGUACUUUCACCGUCUCGCGACCCCGAAACCCACGUCUAGGCAGAUAGUACAGGCGGCUGUUGUCCAUUCUGUCACCACGUUGUUUGGCACAGUCUGUUUCUCUAAGCUGAUAGCAUUAUCUACUCGGCUGCCGCUUCUGUUGCUGCCGACUCGCCUAUCUCGGCUUCUGAAUCUUUUCGUGUACUCACUUGUUCCUUCUCCCCUCGCGGCGCUCACAGACCCUCUUGCUCUCACUUACGCCGCUAUUCAUUCCCAACCGCUCAUACUAUCUGCUCGUGGCCUCCUCGAAAUGCCUAGUGUCUCACUUGCGACGGCGGUGUUGUCAUUCCAUCCGAGGUCGACUUCUUGGUCCCAUGCGGGUUCUGCACCGCUCCUCUCCUACCGGCUUUCGAAGCUCUUUCUCCACGCCGCUCGCUUCAUGAUGUCUUUGGCACUCGGUUUUGGAGGAUGGGUAAGCGCUGCUCGGAACCUCGAGGUCCCCGGCCCGGGUAAUGGAGUUCAUGGCAGUAUGUAUGCCUAUGUGGUCGGACUCAUCGCGGGAAUCAUCGGCUGGAGUAUCCUAGGAGCGGCUGAAGGCGUCAUCGCAGAUAUUGUCGAUGCCUCGUUCAUCUGCUGGAGUAGCGAAGUUGGUACUCGUGGUGGAGAAGCCCGGUAUUGCCGCGAAGCUGGCUGGCUUUUCGGUGAACAUUUGGCGAAUGACAUUCGUCAUGCAUCCCAUGCGCAUCAUCAGGCUGAGCCGUAA